UAGCACAGCCAAGGCUACAGAAACCCUGUCUAGAAAAAUUUUAAAAACGAUAAGAAAACCAACAAAAGUUUACUGUUAUAGAAUUGUAUACACGAAUAUAUAGUUUUGAUCAAAUUCUUACACUUGGGGAAACUUCGUUUUGUAGAUUGAUACAAAUUCACAAUGGGACAAUGUAUAGAAGUUUUACCUGAUCAAAAUUGAGAUUUUUUUAAGAAGUAAAGUACUGGUGUUUUUGAGGAACGGGGAAUGAAAUUAUUUCCCUAGUAUAAAUGGGUGUGCUUAACAAAUGCUUACUGCCUGGAUCUAAACUGAGACAAAUGAUUUUGUUUUCUUUUUAUUUUUCCUUUUGUUCCCUUUCUAUAUUUUUUUCAAGUCUACAAACUGCACAUGAACAUUUCAAUUUUCUAUUUACUAAUUCACUUUGGCUAACAAGAAUGCUCCCAAAUCAGAGAUAGCCAAGGAAAUAGCCACUUAUACCAUGUGAAUGGCACGAUAGGGUCCUGUCAUAGCGUUAAAAUAAUUAGUCUAGAGAAACCACAAAAGACCCCGGGGAUGUAAUUUCUGAAUUUCUCACUGAUGUCACCCGUUUCUCUUAUUUUAUUUUCCCAUCCACAGUGUUUAAAACCAAGUCUAGGCCAGGAUGACUUACCCCCAUUCACUGGAUUCUACUGCAUGACCCGAAAGCAGAACCCACACGCAGAGCAUGACAAGAGUGUUGCUUUGUGGGGGAAUUAAAGAUCAUGACAGUAAUCUGUGACUCGGUUCAUAUCUGUAGUAAAGGAAGACAUACUUAGAAGAAAGUACUUCCUGAGGGAAGAAGCAGCCAUUGGAGAAACCAGCAUGAAGUGCACCCGUGAAACAGCCAUGGUCAAGUCUUUGCUACUGUUGAUGUUGGGACUUGCCAUUCUGAGGGAGGUAGCAGCUCGGAAGAACCCCAAAGCAGGGGUUCCUGCCUUGCAGAAGGCUGGGAACUGUCCUCCCCUGGAGGAUAACACUGUGAGAGUUGACAUUCGAAUCUUCAACCAAAACCAGGGCAUUUCUGUCCCACGUGAAUUCCAGAACCGCUCCAGUUCCCCAUGGGAUUACAACAUCACUCGAGACCCCCACCGGUUCCCCUCAGAGAUCGCUGAGGCCCAGUGCAGACACUCAGGCUGCAUCAAUGCCCAGGGUCAGGAAGACAGCACCAUGAACUCCGUCGCCAUUCAGCAAGAAAUCCUGGUCCUUCGGAGGGAGCCCCAGGGCUGUUCUAAUUCCUUCAGGUUGGAGAAGAUGCUCCUAAAAGUUGGCUGCACCUGUGUCAAGCCCAUUGUCCACCAAGCGGCCUGACAACGCUGCAUACAAAAAUCAGUUGAAGACUUCCACUGAGAAAAAGCCUCCUUUUAUCCAGAGCUCUGUGUGAAGCCCGAUCUCCAAGUCUUUAUGCUUUCUAGGACUCUCAGUAAGGUGUGCAUGGCAUUCUUGCAGCUCUGCAGUAGAUAUAGCUUGAACUUUCUGGCUUGCUUUAGAAUUGUUACCAGUCCUGGUGUGUUCCCAAUGCCUCACUUAAACUCCUAAAAACAAAGGUAAAUGAAGGCACCCUUGGCCCAGUCUCUUUGUGUUAGAUGAUGACCACAGUUCUUGUCUGUCAAGACUGUCACUUUGAUGCAGUACCAUUCUUGUAGAGUUCAAUGAAAUGCUCAUAUUUGUGAUGGAAAGAAAACAAACAUAAUCAGAAUGCAUGGGAGGAGGCCUGUGUAGCAGGGGCUGGACUGGCAAGGAAGAAGCACACAUGGUAUGUGUGUUUUUAGAGAAAAAUUUGGUAAAUAUAAAUGAAGUUGGCAUAAACUAUUAUAUAUUUAUGUUGGUAGGGGAACUAUACAUAUAUUUAUGACCUAUUGAUUAUAUAUCAAUUUAGUAGAAAAUUAAUAUAUCCAUUAAUUAUAUAAUAAAAUAUU